AACAGAACGACGAGAUUGCGAAUGUUCUUUCUGCUAGUCAAUUUGAGUACCCAUGAUAAUUUGAAAGGAAUUUGGACUGAAAAACAAGAAAGAUGUCGUACAUGUUGCAACAUCUGCAUAAUGGCUGGCAAGUGGACCAGGCCAUCUUAGCAGAAGAGGACCGGGUGGUUGUGAUCAGAUUUGGCCAUGAUUGGGAUCCUUCAUGUAUGGUGAUGGAUGAGACCCUGUACAAAUGCGCUGAAAAGAUGAAAAAUUUUGCAGUGGUGUAUCUUGUUGACAUUACCAAGGUGCCAGACUUUAACAAGAUGUACGAGUUGUAUGAUCCUUGUACCAUCAUGUUCUUUUAUAGAAAUAAACACAUCAUGAUAGACUUGGGCACAGGAAACAACAACAAGAUUAACUGGUCUAUGGAGGAUGUGCAAGAGUUUAUCGACAUUGUGGAGACAGUAUUCCGUGGAGCUAGAAAGGGACGUGGUCUGGUUGUGUCUCCAAAAGAUUACUCCACAAAAUACAGAUACUGAUUAAAAAAAUUUUUUUUUUUUGUUAUUAUAUAUGUAUUGUCAAGUAUUGUUAUGUAUGGCAAUAACUUGAUUUGGAUAAAUGUUUGGUAUGGUGUAUAUUGGUGUUUUAAAUCACUGGGAUCAGCAGAGUACUGCCUAUCUCUCCUAAUGCAUUAGUUACAUACUACAAUUGAUUUAUAACCUAGGCAAGGUUCUGCAGUAUACUACACAUCUUUUGACUUAACUGAGGUCCCUGCAAUAUUAAGAUUUUCAAAGAAAAUCAUUGUAUGUACAUCUUUUUAUAUACAAGGAUAUGAAAUUUACGAAAAUCGUAUAAUAACAAUUUUUUAAAAUUUUGUUUGAUGUAGAAGGAGAGGUCAAGCGGUAACAUUACACUCUUUUCAUGAAUAUAUAUUCAUAGUGAUACAUAAAUGUAUUCAAGGAUCAGACUUAAUUUCUGAAUUUCAAUUCAGUAUUUGAUAUCGCACAUUGUAAACUGAAGACUUUCAGUGGUAUAUUUAUUAGAUGCAGAAUUUUCAGUUUAUUGUAGUGUUGUUCCUUUGAUCAAUCUUUACUGAAUAUUGGUCAGUUCCACAAUUGAACUUUGUAAUAAAUGAAGAAUUUUCUUUAAUAGAUGGAUAAGUUAGAUUUAUUGAAUGAUGUGUUUCGUAAAUUUUCAUGUAUUUAUAACCCAAAAAUGAUAAAAGAAGCAGUUUUACUUGUAUUCAUAAAUUGUUGACUUACAUGAAGUCAGAAGUAUGUUAGGAAAACAUCAUGAAAAACAAUAUAUUGUUUAACCUUGAACAUAAUUCAUACAUCAUCAUCAGUGGGAAAAAAAACAAUAUUCUGAUCAUCACUGGUGAUUUCUGAUCAUUGGAUUAGACUUUACUUCAGGCAUUUGUAUAGGUUCUUGAAUUCAUUAGUGAAUGUAUGAAUGUAUUUUCUAUGUCUUACCAUAAAAUAGGUUGAUAUUUUGCAAUGUUUUCAACAUCAUCAAUGCUUUUUUUAAAAAAAGGUCUACAAUAAAUAAUCAAAUAUUAA